AUGUCUGCUUUGGAAUGCCUUCAUUGGCGCAACUUCAACCAGACCUCCGACGACCUGGUUGGAACUGAGGGGAAGAAUGGCGUGCCACGCUAUGACGGCGAGGCGGCGAAGUUGGCCGAGUACAGCUUCCGGGUGAAAAUGAUGGAAGCCCGUACAGCUGCCAUGGACCAGACAGAAGCCAAGAAACUCGGGCCAUUAGGCUUGAGGUUGAUUGAAGGACUUCGUGGACAAGCUCUACAAGUCGCCACAGGACUAGAUGUGAAGAAGCUGGCAACUGACGAUGGACCGACCUUGCUGGUGGACACGCUCUACAAAGCCUUCAAGCCUCGACGAGAUCAAGAAGCUCGAGAGCUCUACAACGCUGGAGCUCAGACCAACGGUGUGUUGUCUAGGCAACCCACUGAAUCUAUGACGUCUUUCUGCCUGAGGAGACGGACUUGGUAUGCCAUGCUGCGCGACCUUGACGACUCCCUGCAGCUGCCCGACAACCUGUUGGCCGAGCAGACUCUGGUGUGCGCUGGGCUGAACUAUGAUCAUCAGCUGAUGAUCCGCACUGCACUUCAAGGACGAAUCACGGUCAACUCCGUCAUGGAUGAGUUGAUCGCUCAGCACAGCCGCAUCCACGAGAUCGAGGCGAGACGUGGUGGUGACUUCAGUCAUGGACGAGGACGUGGAAAAGGCAAUCGCUACCCCUCUCGAUUGCAGAAACCCUGGCAGUCAUACCACGCUGAAGAUGAUGGAGAAUGGCAUGGAGAAUCAUGGGACAACUCAUCGCAAUCGCUGGGUGGCUAUGAGGAUGAGGCCCAAUCCAGCUACUAUGGAUCGACGAUGAGCACCUAUGAUGGGGAGACCUACAACUCUGAGGAGCACUACGACGAUGCGGAUCCCUACAUCGACUCCUAUGCCAACCUUGUGGAGUAUGGCUUGGACGAGCACAACACCGAGGCCCUGGACUAUGCCGCCGAGAUCAUCCAAGCUGAAGGUGAGAUCUACUUCGCCCACAAGCGAGCACAACAUGCAGGACUUGCUGGAUUUGGAGGAUUCGUGGACAAGGGCAAGAGCAAAGGCAAAGGCAAAAGCCGUAUGACCAACGAUGAGAAGAAGGCAAGAAUCGAAGCUUUGAAGAAGCGAACUGUCUGUCGCCGAUGUGGACAGACAGGCCAUUGGUCUACGGAUGCUGUUUGUCCGAAGAACCGACAAGGUUAUGGCAAGGGAGCUGGACCUACUUCACCGACUUCUUCUGGAGGUGGAAGUCCGAAAGGUGGCAAAAGCCCUGGAAAAGGAUCUCCGAAGCCCCGCAUGGUCUACUUCACUGUGAAUGAGUACACUGGCUACAAUGGUGAUGGAUCGGAGAAUGCGGAGUCCUACAUGGCUGUCAACCCUACACCUGGUGGACGAGAGCUGACUGCUGAUGAGAUGUUGGAUCAAGCUCUUGCAGAACAUCAUGCAAGGCAAUUGGCUGCAGCUGCUGCCGCGACCAACCCUCAUGCUCUUCCUGGUGGACUUCCUGAACUACCUGUACAUGGUGGAGUACCUCAUCAAGCUGUUGCCCAACCUGCUGCUCUUCACCCUCAUGAACUGCCACCGGAUAUGCAGCUUGUGCAUCACCGUGCAGCCGAGCACUUGGUGCCAGUUCCUGAGGAUGACAUGGACUACGACGACAUGACGCCUCCCUUCACUGCCUUUGGACAGCAAGUUGCUCUACAACCUGCACCGGCUACACCAAUGAGAAUGCCAACACCUGCAGCGACGAGCCCAACGCCCACUGCAAGAUCUACAUCUGCUGAGGUUUUCUCUACACCGCCUUCUGGACCUGCUGAACGUGAAUGUGAGCACAAGAGAACUACGAAGCAAGGAUCGAAUGCCCACAUUCAGCGUGAGAAGUGCUUGGACUGUGGAAAGCUGCUGAAGUCUGAAGCAAGAGAAGCUGCCGCUUCCAUGGAGACAAGAGAUCGGAAUGAAUGCCCGCAUGUGAGAAAGGAUUUCCGUGGGACUACUGGCACGAGCUGGAAGUGGACAUGCAAGGACUGUGGAGAAUCCAGGACUGGCCACAAGCAACCUGGACAGACUGGAGAAGCUGCUUGGAGAGCUUAUGACACGUCGACGCCACCGUCGUUGCCUCCUAUGUCAAGCUCUGGCUACACUCCCAGUCCGGCUUCACCGCAUGCCACUGAUGAACCAGGCCGUGUGAUCGAACUCAUGCAGAUUGCCAUCGGUGUCCAGUAUGACCUGACGAACCAAAAUCCCAUCGGUGCGGAGCAGUUGGAUGUGAUCUACAACAAGUGCCGGAAUCGAGUCUAUGGCACCAGCUUUGACCCGACGGCAUCGAUGUCAAGAUCUGGAACUACAUCCCACCGAUUUUCUCCGACGACAGUGACUCCGACUUCACCACCGCGACCAAGAUCAACCGCUUCAUCGGCGCCGCCUUCACCGACGCCAUCAAGGACUUCUGUGGCAAGCAGUUCUUCCUAUGUGGCACGAGAUGUCAAGGCCGAGGAGCUGGAGCAAUGGGAAGAUGAGACACUCAAGAGUGGUGCGCAUAGUGGAGUCCGAUUUGGAAUUGUCAGAAGUGGUGACCGACGCUACUGCGCCUUCAUCGUCCAGAAGUACCAGACUGGUGGACUCAGAGAACCAAGCCUGAUUGAAUUUGCCCGCUACCUCAUCUUGAUGGAUCAGCGCCAAGGUGAUGCUUCCUUUAUGGCCAUACAUGGAGAAGGACUACCUGAAGACAGCAUGCUUGCAGUCAUUGACACUGGCUGCAACAACACCUGCCAUGGAUCAAGGUGGUUCGACUCCUACCAGAAGAUGAUGAACCUCGACAUCCCCUUGGAGCAGACCACCGGCAACUACUUGGGAGUUGGUGGAAAGAUCAAGGUGAAGGGACAGCGACGUAUUCCUGUGGUCUUCCAGCUGAAGGAUGGUGGAGAAGGACAUGGAACAAUUGUCUCAACGGAGCUGGAGGAGAGCGAUGCCCCACUUCUGUUGAGCACACGUGCACAACGAGCACUUGGCCUCACCAUCGACUUGGGCGACCAUGACGAGGAUGUCAACAUCUACAGCAAGACUAUGAAUGGAGAUUUGGAGGUGAUCAACCGCGGUGGACUACCUGCUCUUCGACUUCUUCCUGGUGAACAUCGAGAAGGAGACUACGUCUUCCACUCUGACGUGAACGAGACUCCUGUGUAUGUGGACACCGAGGAGGAAUCCACCAACGACGGCGACUCACCAAAAGCUGAGAUUGAAGAGGAGGACACGCUGGGCUAUCUUUCCUUGGAGGAGUGUUCCAUCAAGGCCAUGACAAAGGGCCAGAAGAAGAAGCUGCAGCAAUCUUUGGAGACUGGAGAAGGAGGACGCAGCUUUGUGGUCUACUUUGAGAUCAGAGAAGCCAAUCAAACCUGGAGAGCUGCUACUUUGACUUGGAUGGCCGCUUCCUGGGGAUUGCCUGUGUCCGAACCCAUUGACUGCCUCUACAACUAUGACCUCCUGAAGCCUGCACAUCGAGCUGAAGUUGAACGAAGAAUUCAGGUGGAAGAUCCAUUUCUUUUGAGCCUUGCGCCCAUUUGUGGACCAUGGAGCACCAUGCAACGGAUCAACUUGGCACGUGGAGGAGAAACUCAAGCCAAGAUCUUGGAAGAUCGGAAGAAAUGGUACCCUGUGAUCCAAUGGAUCGUCAACUUGAUCAAGGACCGACUUGGCAAAGGUCGAGAAGUGAUCCUGGAGAGCCCGUACUAUGGACUUCUAUGGGAGCUCAAGUGCAUCGACGACCUCAUGGCCGAGAACCCGGAGAAUGCCCUGACCGGCGAGCACUUGGAACUGAUGCACAUUGACCAGUGCCAAUAUGGACUUCGAGACCCCAGCACAGGACUUGCUCUUCAAAAGGCAACUGGCCUUCUCACUGCAUCUGAAUGGAUGAAACUCCGACUUCAACGACGUUGUGGAAAAGACCAUCAACAUCGACCUAUUGAAGGCUCCAACAUCAGCAAGACUGCCGAACAAUGGCCUCCUGAACUUUGCGAACAAAUUCUUGGAGGAGCUCUGGAUGAGAUGAUUUAUGGCAACCUCAACAUGGCCUUCCCUGCGGAGCUGGAGGUUGAAGAACACCAAGAACAAGGACCAUUGGAUGGAGUUUUCAAUCCAGAUGAUCUUGCUCCACUACCAAAGCGACGAAGGACUGAUGACCCUGACUUCGUGAUGGAGGAAAAGAUGCAGGAGGAUGCAACUAUGGCUGACAUGCCUGAUGUGGCUAUGAAACAAGAAGAACAUCGACGACAGAAUUGGCUGAAACUGCCCAGAGAGAAGCGAUUAGCUCUGAGGAGACUUCACAACAUGACAGGCCACUGCUCUCACGCUGCGAUGACACGCAUGCUCAAGGCAUCUGGCAGCGAUCGAGAUGUGAUCCAAGCUGUGAAGUUCUUCCAAUGUCAAGUCUGCGCUGAGACUGCCAAGGAGGAGAAAGCCAACGUCACCAAACCACCAAGGCCAGCGCACCAGCAACGUUUCAACUAUGAGGUGUCGGCUGAUGUGUUUGAAGUACAUGAUGCUGCAGGAGCGCCUGACUACUUUGUUUGUGAUCAAGGAGUACACAACAGAGGAAAGGUGGCACAUCUGCUUGAGGCCCAUGGCACGACCAUCAGACAAACUGCUGCUCGUGCGCCAUUUCAACUUGGAGUUGGAGAAAGACACGGAGGACUACUCAAGGAGAUCAUGAAGCGUGUGAUUCAUGAACGACAACUUCAAGGAGCAGAUGACAUCGCUGCACUCUGCAGCGAGGCCGCAAAGGUGAAGAACAGCCUGCUCAACCAUGCUGGCUAUACGCCUUCGCAAUGGGUCAUGGGUUUCAUGCCCGAGGACAAGACAAGCAUUUUCAGCUGCGACUUCGACGAGAACAUGGGUGUCCACCAGAACUUGGUUUCAAUGGAGGAGGAUGAAAGGGGACCCCAAGAUGUUUUCCAGAAGCAGCUGUUGCUCAGGCAAUUUGCCAAACAGGCUUACAUGGAAGCCGACUCUUGUCAGAAGAUCCGCAAAAGUCUUCUGAGGAAAAGCGUUCCUAUGAGAGGACCGUAUCAACCUGGUGAUCUGGUUUCAUUCCUCAAGAAGGAUCGAUGGCUGGGACCUGCACGAGUUCUUGCAAACGAAGGACGAUCAAGUCUCUGGCUGGUGCACAAUGGUGUCACCGUUCUGGUUGCUGAGACAGCUUGCCGACCAGCAACAAGCCAGGAGAUUCUCAAGAAGCACGUCUUGGAGCUUCGCCCUUCACGCAAGCGGAAGCGCAUGCUCUACCUGGACGAGCUCGAUGAUGAUCCAAUGCCCUUCGACGAGGACUUGGUCACCGCCCAGAACUUACGUGACCCAGGCCAAUCGCCAUAUGCAGAUCUACAAGAAGAUGAUUCAGGUCGGACUGUGGCACCUCGACUUGGUGCACCUGGACCAUCCGACAGCCUACAAGGUGGACUUUUUCAACAUGGUGGACUACCUGUACCUCCUGGACUUCCCGCACAAGCAGUCGGACCACCUCCUGGACUCGAUCUUCCAGAAGAGAUGGAUGGUGAUCCUGAAGUAUCAUCACCGGUUGCGGGACAACAUCAACAAGAAGUUCCCACCGUGGCGCAACCCAGUCCACCGGAACCAGAGGUCACUCCGGCAACAAGUACCUCUGCUGUCGCUGCCGGGCACACUCCAUUGCCAGCAGGUUCACAGAACCGCUCCAUGUACAGCUUCCUGGCCAACCGCUCUGAGAACAAGAAGCGCAAGGUCAAGAAGAAACCACAGAAAGCUGGAGCCGGAAGAGAGCUGAACUUUGAGAAGGAAGACGACGCGGUGAAGAAGGAGCUGAUCCAAGCGAGGAUCAAAGAAUGGAACAAUUGGGUCAAGUACACCGACGUCAAGGCCAUUAGCAAGGAUGAGUUGGAGAAGCUGAAGAAGGACAACCCGACCUUGAAGGUCAUCCCAACGAGAUGGGUGGAUGUGAACAAGUCAGAGACUGACGAAGAGCCUCGAUACAAAUCCAGGCUGGUUGUCCGAGGUGAUUUGGAAAACGCUACCUCUAUGAGGACAGAUUCUCCGACGGCAUCUACCACUAUGCUGAACUGCGUGUUCGCUCUUUCAGCUUGCAAGCGAACAUCCCUCCGAGCAGGAGACAUCUCUGCAGCCUUUCUUCAAGGCAGUACCCUCGACCGCAUCUUGGUACUCUCAAAGCCAAAGGGCGGAAUUCCCAAUGAUGAUGGGACCAUCAACUAUGAGGAGGAGUACUACAUCGUUUCUUCCACCGUCUACGGAACGAAAGAUGCUCCCCGAGGAUGGUUCAAGGUCUUGGAUGGGACUGUGAAGGAAGAAGGUUUCAAACAAGUGCCAUUUGAGCCAGCCGCCUACACCCUUUUGGAUGAUGAUGGGCAACUGGCAGGCAUGAUGGUUGUUCAUGUGGAUGAUAUGAUUUGGACUGGCAACCAGUUCAUCAUGGACAAGAUGGACCGCAUUUGCCAGAAGUUCAAGUUUGGCAAGCUGGAGAUUGACGAGUUCAGAUUUUGUGGAAGAGAUGUGAAGAGAACAGCUGAAGGCAUAUCCAUUACAUGCCCCACGCUGAUCGAAAAGGUCAAGCCCAUUUACCUUUCAGUUGGUGACAGGCGAGAACCUUCCAAGCCUGUGACAGAAGACAUCCGAUCCCAAUUGCGCAGCAUCAUUGGAUCCCUGGCAUGGCUUGCACGAGUGUGCCGCCCUGAUUUGAGCUACGCUGUCUGCCGUAUGCAGAGCACCGUGCACACUGCCACCAUGGACGACGUCAAGUACGCCAAUGGUGUGAUCCGCUACGCCCAGAAGACGAAGGCCAAGGGACUAUUCUAUCCAUCUGGCUGCUUUGACUUCAACAACCUCAUGAUUGUGGCCGUGCAGGACGCCUCCCACGCUGCUGACUAUGACGUGAGUGGAUCGGGGAAAAGAUUGGGACAUCGCAGCCAAUCUGGCCGACUUCUCUUCCUGGCCGACAAGAGCUUUCAGACAUCCCGAAAAGGUGUCUUGCUACCGAUCGAAUGGCAUUCCACUGUCCUGAAGCGAGUAUGCCGCAGCACGCUACAGGCUGAAACACUCAGCCUACUUCAUGGAGCUGAAGAAGCUGACCACCUACGCUUCUCCCUCUAUGGACUAUGGCAUCCUGAUGGACGUGGACAAGAUUGGGAAGUGGCUGCCCAAGACGCAAUUUGCGUCGACUGGUUCACUGAUUGCCGAUCCCUGUGGGAGCAUUGCAAUCAACCUGGUGCGAGCGUGGUCUCAGACAAGAGACUGGCCAUUGACCUCUCCCAGAUCCGACAACAUGUUUGGCGAGCACCUGGCGAACUGGUGGGCGACCCUCUCCUCACUGACCACAUCCCUGGCGUUCAUGCCAUUCGAAUCUCCAAACGUGUUCUAUCGCUCAAAAGUCCGCCACACCCGGCCACAGCCGGCCGUCUUUCUGCGCCAGGCCCCGAAUGCAACGGUGUGGGCGAGACAGUGUGCCAGAAGUGCGCUGGCACCGGUUUGCCUGCGAAACGCCUGAAAGGUCUGAUGCGCGAUCCGAUUUUCGCGAAGGUGGCCUUCCGUCUCAAGCGACAAAGGGUGGACGUGAACACCGUGGAUAAGAUGAAGGCGGACGUGAAGAAAGCCGUGGACGCCGCCGAGAAGCGUGCUGCAGAGAAAGGCGAAACUAUUUAA